UUAUUCUCAAUCAUUAAAACUUUUGUUUUUAGUCUAUCUUUCAGUUGAUGGAAGUUCAACAAUCAGAAUUUUAUCGUUUAUUUUCAUUGGGAUUUAUUCCAGAUGCUCUAGUAGAAAUGAAACAGGAUCCAUUAUUUGCACUAAAGACAUUCUCACAGUUAAUACCAUUUAUUAAACAGUUACUAGAUGAUGAUGAUAAAACUCUUUCCUUACUAAAUUCAGCAUUUAAUUAUUAUAAAAGCUUAGAGAUAUCAAAUCUCUUAUCUGAUGAAAGAAAUUUACCAAAUAAAUUAAAGAAUUCUCCAUAUUCUACAAUUAAUCUUGCUAUUCAUAGUCUAAAUCUUCACUUAAGAGCUGCUUUGAAAAGAGUUUGGGAUGCAGAAUUGUUAAUGGAACAAAUUGAACAAGAUGUGAAUGAAGAAACAAGAUCACAGAUUGAUGCAGUUUUAAAUCCUUGUCUGAAUGAAGUAAAAUCUGAAUUAGAUGCAGGUAAAGAAUGCUUAGCUGAAACUGAAGAACAACUAAAUCUUUUAACAGGAAGAAAAUUGCCAGUAGAUAAUUUACACAUUAUUCCUCCAACAAAAUGCCAUUUUCCAGAACAAGAAUGCAAAAUUACUCAUUUAAUUGAGUUAGAUGAACCUGUUAUACAUGAUCAGGUAUUUGAAGCAUAUACAGAUAGAAUAGAAAUGGGGAGAUCUGAAUUGGAAGAUAAUGAAAUAUAUACAAAAGAAGAGAAGAUAAGAAUACAGAAAGAAAGAGAAGCUUCUGUGCACCUGCUGAAAGAAUUAAGAUCAGUUCUUGUAACAAAAGCUGAAGAACAUAAGUUAAGAGAAGAAAAGGCUUUAGGCAUUGUUCAAGUCAAAAAAUUAAAUCUUACAGAAAUAGAACAGUCUGAAUUGAGUAAAAGUUUACAGCAUACAAAAGAAAAAGUACAUUCUGAAGAUCAAAUGUUAGAAGAAAAUAGUAGUGAAGGAUCACAUCAAGGAAAUCACACAGAUAAAAGUAUUGAAACUUUGAAAGAAAAUGAUGAAAUUGAAAGAUGGGAGCUAUUAACUGAAAAGGAAUUAAAUUCAUCUGAAAGUGAUAAAAAUGAUGACAAAUCAAAAAGUGAAAAUGGUGAUGAUAAUAAUAAACAUGAAGUUAAAAAUAAUGAAACAUCUAUAGAUGUUAAUUAUACUAGUGUAGAUGCUUCAUUUGCUUCUUCAGUUGCUGCACUUGCUGCUGCAAGAUGUAGAAAUUUAGGACUUCAAAUGCAAACAUUUUCAACAAAAGAAACUGAAGAGUGCUAUGGUGAUGGUGGUGAUGAUGAUGGUGAUGAUAGCAAUUAAUUACAGAAAAAAUAUACAUAUUUCAUAUUUAAUAUAUACAAUUUUAUAGAAAAAUACCUUUGAAAAUUUCAAAAUUUUAAAAAUAUUUUCAUAUAAAAGCAAUAUUGUACACUAAAGCAAUGUUAAUUAAACUAAAGCCCAAAACAAAUUUUAAGAAUUAACAUGAAAUUAUAUUUUAUUUAUUAGUCAAUAAAUAUUAUUUUAUUAACUGUUUCAUAAAUUUUUUAUAGUUUGUUAAAAUGAUCAAAUUGCUGUGAUGAAUUAUGAUGCUUUAGAAUUUUAGACUUCCCGGGUGAACAAAACAAUCAUAAGGAAUCAUGUCACUGAGUUUAUGCAAGGUAUUCAUCCCUAAAGGUUUGGUUAUGUCAUUCCAGUUAGUUUAGACACAACCACAAAAGGGACACCAAUUUUUUUCAGUUGUGGCUGAAUAGCUGAGCCCAUGAUGGGUAUUAGUGCUAUAAGGUAGAGAGAAGUUUCAAAAAAACAAAAAAAAAUCCAAAUUGUUGUGAAAAAAUUUAAUAGGAUUGGAAAUAAUUAAAAAAUAAUAAUAUAGAAAAUAUGUAAUAUAUUAUUGAUUAUUACUAAAUUUUCCAUAGCCUACGAAGUUAAGAACUUACUAGAAAUAAUUUGUGUUUUACCUUAUAAUUCUAGAUUAGUUUUCUAGAUGUUCAGCUACAUAUAGGAAAAAUAGCAUAGGUGCUACUAUUAGCAAAAAUAAAUUUCUAACAUUUGAGUAACAGAUCAGAACAUAUAAAUACAUAUAUCAAAACAAAUUAAAUAUAUUGAUAGAAUGACUAAAGAUAUAUUUAAACCAUGCUAACGAAAACUGAUACCUAAAAUAGCAUUAACAGUUAUACUGUAUAACUAAAGAAUGAGUAAUUAUUCAGUUAAAUGUAACUCAAGAAAUAUUUGUUCUUUAAUUAUUUAACUUGAAUGAUGAUGAUUUAGUGAAACAGCUUCUCAACAGUUAAAUAAUCAAAUUAAAGAAUGAGUUUCUCUUGAGUGUUUUUGCUUAGUAAAUAAAAUAUUUAAUAAGCCAACAACUAAAAUAUUUAAUUCAAAUAUAUUUUACUAUUAAUUGCAUGCUUCUUGUCAUUAAUUACUUGCAUAAACAUAAGAUGUAAUCCUGGAACAGGAUUAGGUUACAUUAAAGGUGUUUUACCUAAAAAUUGUGAUUCACUUUUCUCAACAUAACAAGUCCUAGUUCAUAAGAAUAUCCAAAGUGGACAAAGACAUAAUAUAUAUAUUUUACUUUAUUUUGAUGAUGAUGACAUUCUUAUUUAACUUUUUUCCCCGUGUAAGAAUUUUUGCAUUUGUAAAGAUUUUUCUGAAUCAGAAGGAAUAUUUUAAUUGGUUUAGUU